GAGGGGACGCCGGCCGGGUCCCCGAGCCCAGGCGAGUCCCCGCAGCCUCGGGCCUGGCGGGGACGGCAGGUGGCUCGGUGCCGGUACCGGUGCGUGGGGCGCGGCCGUGCCGGUGCGUGGGGCGGGGCCGUGCGGUGCCGGUACGCGGGGCCGUGCCGGUGCGUGGGGCGGGGCCGUGCGGUGCCGGUACGCGGGGCGGGGCCGUGCCGUAGCCGGUGCGUGGGGCGGUGCGGCCCCAUGAGACGGUGAGGCGGCGGCGGCGGCGCGGGAUGGCGGCGGGCGGCGGCGGGCGGCCGCCGGGCCCCGACUCCUCGCUGGAGCCCUACGUGCAGACCCGCAUCUUUAAGAUCAUCGUGAUCGGAGACUCUAACGUGGGCAAGACGUGCCUGACCUUCCGCUUCUGCGGGGGCACCUUCCCCGACAAGACCGAGGCCACCAUCGGCGUGGACUUUCGCGAGAAGACGGUGGAGAUCGAAGGGGAGCGCAUCAAGGUGCAAGUGUGGGACACGGCUGGCCAGGAGAGGUUUCGGAAGAGCAUGGUAGAGCAUUACUACCGCAACGUGCAUGCCGUCGUCUUUGUUUACGACGUCACAAAGAUGACCUCCUUCACCAACCUCAAGACGUGGAUCGAGGAGUGCAACGGGCACGCAGUGCCCCCCCUCGUCCCCAGGGUGCUCGUGGGGAACAAGUGUGACUUGAAAGACCUGAUCCAAGUGCCAUCCAGCAUGGCUCUGAAGUUCGCCGACGCUCACAACAUGCUUUUGUUUGAGACCUCGGCCAAGGACCCUAAGGAGAGCCAGAACGUGGACGCCAUUUUCAUGUGCCUGGCCUGCCGGCUGAAGGCGCAGCGGUCGCUUCUCUGCCGGGACCUGGAGGGGCGGCCGGGCCAGGCUCGCAGGCUGGAGCCAACACACGAUGCCAACGGUAAAAACUCCUGCCCGUGCUGAGCACGGCUCCCGCCGCCAUCUGUCACGGUCACCCCAAUAAAGUCUCUGCGGCUCCA